GUCUUGGCAACAGUGACAGUGGUCGAGGAUGGCGGGGGAUGCUGCGGAAGUUGGGGAUGAGGUCACUGAGGUGGCAGGAGCCUCAGAAGCAGCCAAGUGUAUUAAAGCUAUUGAUAAGACUACUGUUCAUCGCAUCUGCUCUGGUCAGGUUGUGCUAACACUUGCCACAGCUGUGAAAGAGUUGGUGGAAAACAGUCUAGAUGCUAGUGCUACCAGCAUAGAGGUGCGUCUUCGGGAUCAUGGUACUACACUCCUGGAAGUCUCAGAUAAUGGAAAAGGAGUAGAAGAAUGUGAUUUUGAAGGCCUGACUUUAAAACACCAUACUUCAAAGCUUCAAGAUUUUGGUGACCUAGUUGGAGUGAAGACCUAUGGUUUUCGUGGUGAGGCUCUCAGUUCACUAUGUGCUCUCAGUGACCUCACUAUAAUAACACGCCACUUCAGUCAAGAGGUCGGGACAAAGCUGGAGUAUGAUCACAAUGGAAAACUUUUAACCAAAAUGGCAGUGUCAAGGCAGGUUGGCACAACAGUCUCGCUGCAGGGACUCUUUUCUACACUGCCAGUGCGACAUAAGGAGUUUCAACGCAAUAUCAAGAAGGAGUUCGGUAAAAUGAUCCAGAUUCUCUACUCUUACUGUUUAAUAUCUACUGGAGUAAGGAUAACAUGCACAAAUCAUGAUGGUAAGGGCAAGAAAACUAUUGUAGUAUCAACAAGUGGACAUCCUACUGUAAAAGACAACAUCUCUUCAGUUUUUGGAGCUAGACAGGUUUCCAGUUUGCUCGAGUUCCAACAAAAAACUGCCUCGGCUGAUGUCUUGGCAGAGUAUGGGAUGGACAUGACUGAUGGAACUAUCCAAGGAAAUACUUUAUUCACCUUAGAAGGGUAUAUUUCUUCAUGUGCCCAUGGACAAGGACGCUCUGCAGCUGAUCGUCAGUUCUAUUUCAUUAAUUCUCGACCAUGUGACCCAAAUAGAGUGAUGAAGCUGGUUAAUGAGGUAUACCAUCACUACAACCGGCAUCAGUUUCCUUGUGUAAUGUUAAAUAUACGACUCAGAGAGGAUGACGUAGACAUCAAUGUGACACCUGACAAGCGGCAAAUUCUUGUCAACAAUGAAAAGAUCCUGUUAGCUACCAUUAAGACAUCCUUGAUUCAACUUUACGAGAACAUCCCCUCCACAUACAACAUGCAAAAUACAUCACUGAGCUCACCAAUGAACAACUCUUACAACAAUUCCUCUGGUAGUCCAAACACUAGUGCUGCCAGUCCAUUGGGUACGACCAGGGAGAGUACUGGGAAACUGUCUGCUCUUAGUCAGAGGUUUGGUCGCAGGCUUCUGGGAUCACCUCCACCCGAGGCAUCUCCGGUGCCCCUUGGUGCUCUCAAACGGGCUCUCAGCUAUGGAUCUUCCAUCAGUAGUCCCACCAACAAACAACCAAAGUUAAUGUCUUUCCUGAAGAAAAGCAAAUUGGAAGCACCAGAGGUUCCUUGCAGUGUUGAGGACACGCCAGUUACUCUUCUUUCUAUGAAUAUUGAGGGCAUCCAGCCUCUUCUAAAUGAGUCAGACUUGGAAAGAAGGACAAAUGGUAUUCAGGAAGAGACUGUAAAAGAAGUUCAAAACACUGGGGUGAAUAGUAACGAAAAUUGUGUUAAUUUUGUAGAUAAUGAAAUGAGUGAUGACUCGGCUGUUGCUUGCCUGGAAACUAUGGGCAAAUUAAAUAACUCUUGCGACAAGGAUACUCAAGACCAUAAUGAUUCAUCUGAUAUUUCUAUAAUUAAUGAAAAUCAUUUAACCUAUGAUUCUGAUCACCAUAAACUUAAUAACAACAGUGAGUCAGAAGCAAGAUCUACUUCCUAUAUUACAAGUGUGGAUUCAAAAAAAAUUGGUUUGAAGAAAAGUUUUUCACAGUUUUCUCGGUCACUGUCUUUACCAACAUCUUCAAGCAGUAAAAAGGCUCACAAUGCAACAAAUGAGUUCUUGACCAGUUUGCUUGCCAAAAAAUCUCAGUUUAGUGUAGGAAAAAGAUUUCUUGGUGAAGAUAAAACCUUAUCAAAUGGGGACACUAAUGGUAAUAUUCAAACAGAGUCCUCUUACAAUGAUAAAGUUGAGGAAGUGGAGACAGUAGUUGAAGACUUAUCUUUAAUGGAUAACAAAGUUUUUGAAAAUAAUGAGGGAAAGUUUCCUAAUGGGAAUAACUCUCAAAGAGUAAUACUGUGUGAAGGUUAUGAUGAAAGUGAAUAUACAGAGAAUAGGAGGUCAAAGCAAGUUUGCUUCUGUUUAGAAACAUUGAGGGAAAGAAUCACAUCUUCAAAACAAACAGAUACAAACAAAGAUAUUAUACGCAAGUUUCAUGCCUCAAUAACACCAACAGACAACAGUACUGCUGAAGAUGAGCUCAGGAAAGAGAUUUCAAAAGAUAUGUUUGCAAAGAUGAAAAUUUUAGGCCAGUUCAAUUUAGGCUUCAUUAUUGUGUGCCUUGGGUCAGACCUUUUCAUAAUUGACCAGCAUGCCACAGAUGAGAAGUAUAACUUUGAAACACUUCAACAAACUUGUACUCUUCAAAAUCAACGACUUAUCAUUCCUCAGACUCUUGAGCUGACUGCAGUGAAUGAGUCAAUCUUGCUUGAUAAUAUUGAGAUCUUCAAGAAGAAUGGGUUUGAAUUUAAGGUGGAUGAGGAAAAGCCAGUUGGACGCAGGAUCUCUUUAGUAUCAAUGCCUUUCAGCCGUGGAUGGGAAUUUGGAAGGGAAGACAUUGAGGAGCUUAUUUUCAUGCUCUCAGAUGCACCUGGCAUCAUGUGCCGGCCAUCACGUGUGAGGGCAAUGUUUGCUUCAAGAGCAUGUCGGCAGUCGGUAAUGAUCGGUACUGCACUAACACACUCACAAAUGAAAAAGCUUGUCUGCCAUAUGGGUGAAAUUGAGCAACCAUGGAACUGCCCACAUGGACGACCAACAAUGAGGCAUCUUAUCAACCUUGACAUAAUAGCAGCCCCAAGAUGAUAAACUGGAAGCUUUCCUAGAAAUUGUAAUUCCUGUAAUUAUUUGUUAUAUAAGCAUAAUUGCUUCUUGCAUUAAAUAUGUUUUGGAUCUAAAUUCAUAGUUUCAAUAGGCUAUUUGGAAAGAAGCACUUUUAUUUCAGUUCAUUGCAUUAAACUU